AGAGCCAAUAUGGAGGGUCUACAGAGACGUCUGCCUGUAGCUUUCCUCCUCAUUCUGCCUCUACUGUGUGUCAGCGCUGUCUCCAAUCCAAAAACUACAGUUUCCUGGUGUGUAUUGUCUAAUGCUGAGGAGAGGAAGUGUCUGGAUCUGGCCGGGAACGCCACGGCUCGGAAUAUUAGAGGAACGUUGCAAUGCGUCCGUGGCCUGAACACCAGAGACUGUAUCGACAGAAUCAAGAAUGGGACAGUGGACGCGGCCUCCAUGUUUGCAGAUGACAUUUAUGCUGCUGGCCUCUGUCACGGACUGGAUGUGGCUGCUGGAGAAUCCCACAACGGAGUUGACGGUAUCAGUUACUACGUGGUGGCGAUGGCUCGUCGCUCCUCAUCAGACCUGUCCCUGCUGGAGAUGCACGAACGCAGCUCCUGUCACCCCGGCAUGAGAACCACAGUGGGAUGGACCGUCCCUAUUGGCUACCUGGUCAACACAUCCCAGAUCAGCGUAGGGGAGCAGUGCAACUUCCCCAAAGCGGUCGGAAACUUCUUUGGUUACAGCUGCGUGCCGGGUGCCAAAGACCCCCAUCAUGACCCCAGAGGCAACAACCCGAGGAACCUGUGCGAGGCCUGCAUAGGAGACGAGUACGACAGACACAUCUGCGCCAGCAGCCACCGAGAGAGACACUACGGAGAGUCGGGGGCAUUGAGAUGCGUGGCUGAAAAUCUGGGGGAUGUGGCCUUUGUCAAACACACAACAGUCUUUGACAAUUUGGAUGGUAAGAACCAGGAGUCCUGGGCACUGGACCUGGAGCUGGAGGACCUGAAGCUGCUGUGCCCAGAUGGGACCGAGGCCGGCCUGGAGGAGCAUGAACACUGCCACCUGGCAGCCGUCCCCACCAACGCUGUGGUGGUGCGUGUGGAGGACAAGUGCCGUGUCUGGAAGUUCCUGGAACGCCUACAGAACGCGUUUGGCAACGCCAAGGAGGGCUUCCGCCUGUUCAGCUCAGCGGGCUAUGGCGAAUCUGAUCUGCUCUUCAGUGAUGCCACCCACCACCUGCAGAGGGUUCUGGGUAGCUACACCUCCUGGCUGGGCCCCACUUACAGCACCAUGCUGAAAGCCUUCGAGUGUGAGGGCUUCUGCUGAUGGAACAGGAGGAAGACAUCCAGUGCCUCAUCCCUCCGUCUCCAUCCUCCGUUCUGCCUUCCCUCCCUGCCAUCUGCGUCUCUCCGUCUCGCCAUCUCUCCUCCUCUUUUCUCGGCUUUAUCCUGUUCUGUUUUCUCCCUGCGUUCUACCACCCGUUCUCCACUUGUACAUCCUUGUUCUCCUUCGACCUGCAGCAGCUUCUUAUGUGAAGGCCGGCAGGGUAGGACAUGGCUCAGAGGGGCUAAUCGGCUAAGAUGCAAACUUCCACUGAGCAUGAUUAAAAGGACACUGGGAAGAAACAAAAGAAGAAAGAAAAGAAUAGGAUAAAGUUAGAAAACAAUAGAAAAGAAAAUAACAGGUUAAUUAGUUGUUGUAGUUGUAAUAGGCUGUGUCUUUGUGUAGGACGUUUUGAACAAGAGGAUUUUGAUAAUGUUUCUUGUGGGAUUAAACUAAGAGGAACAAAAAUGCCCCUCCAAAAAGUGUCUUGUAUUUACACAAUCACACACACACAGACAGACAAACACACACACACACACAAAC